AUGAAUGGAGCAAAUGACUCUAUAGUAUCUGAAUUUGUAUUGAUUGGACUUUCAAAUUCAUGGGAGAUGCAUCUUUUUCUCCUUUGGUUCUUUUCUGUGUUCUACCUGAGAAUUAUCCUGGGUAACCUCUUCAUUGUGUCCACAGUAAUUUUUGACUCUCAUUUACACUCCCCCAUGUACUUCUUAUUGGCCAACCUCUCUCUUCUUGAUCUAGGUCUUUCCUCUACCACAGUGCCCAAAAUGAUCUCUGAUCUGUUCACUGACUGCAACAUCAUUUCUCUUCCAAAAUGCAUGAUGCAGAUAUUUUUUAUUCAUGUCAUGGGCGGAGUUGAGAUGGUGCUGCUCAUAGCAAUGGCAUAUGACAGGUACACUGCAAUCUGUAAGCCACUCCACUACCUGACAUUCAUGAGCCCCAAAACGUGUGUUUCCUUUGUAGUGGCUGCCUGGAUAGUGGGGAUAAUCCAUGCUGUAUCUCAGUUUGUUUUUGUCAUAAAUUUGCCCUUUUGUGGCCCUAAUAAAGUAGAUAGUUUUUACUGUGAUUUUCCUCGGGUCAUGAAACUUGCUUGCUCUAACAGUGGAUUUAUGUCUAUGGCUACGUUCUUCUCCUUAAUUAUAUCCUGUGUCUUCAUUUUGGUCACUGUCUGGAAACUUUCUUCAGGGGAUUUAUCCAAAGCAUUUGUCACAUUGUCAGCUCACAUCACUGUAGUGAUUUUGUUUUUCAUGCUAUGCAUAUUUCUCUAUGUGUGGCCUUUCCCUACAACAUCACUGGAUAAGUAUUUGUUCAUUGUUGACUUUGCUAUCACCCCUGUCUUAAAUCCUGCCAUCUAUACAUUAAGAAACAAAGACAUGAGAGUGGCCAUGAGAAAACUGGGCAAAUGGAUUGUGGGUUCUAGCAAGAUCUCAUGA